AUGAAGGCUGGUCGGUACACGGCCACCGUGGUCAAGAAGCAGUUGGCUGUCGGCACAGCUUCAGUCCUUAUUAAUGCGGGCUCGACCAAGACACAAAGCAUUGCGGUGUCGUACAAUAUGACGUCGAAGCCCAUUUGGCGCAUUGGCGAGUGGGACGGCACCCCCGAUGGCUUCUUGAACGCGGACAAGAUCCACAAGAUGCACCCAAGCGACUCGCGUAUGUCGGUUUGGAAGGCGCUCACCUUUAAGGCGGGCUCCGAUGCCGACAGCGCGUUCCCCAUGGCGCAGACGCUGAAAAUUGUCCUGACCCUGGCUCAGAGUAGUGGCCGCUCCAGUGUGACUGUGAACGGCAAGUGGACGGCUCCCGUACCCGCGUCUGUGGCAGUGAAAACGCGCGGUGUCACCCGAGGCGUGACUGUGGGCAACUACAAGUUGUACGAGUACACCAUUCCGUCGUCCGCGCUGGUCACGGGUGCCAACUCGAUCAAACUCAGUGUUGCUAGCGGUGCGAGUGACCCAGCUGAAAAGUUCCUCGCUGCGUCAGUCGUCUUUGACGCUCUGGAACUGGUUUAG